UGAUAAAGCUAAAUAAUGUUUUAAAUUUUUAAUGGGAUUAACUGAAACAUAAAAUGGAAAUCAGCUAUACCAGCUGUGCAGUACUGGUACGGGUUGCGUAUCCCUAAUCCAAAAAUUCAAAAAUAGGAAAUGCUCCAAAGCCCUAAACUUUUUGAGCCAAUAAAUAAACGAAUAAAACAGGAGUAGCCAGAAGGUGAUAUAAUGAUGCCACAAGUGGGACAUUCCACACAAAAGUACACAAUGCAAACUUUGUUUCAUGCACAAAAUUGUUCAGAAACAUUACAUAAAAUUGCCUUCAGGAUAUUUGUGUAAGAUGUAUAUGAAACCUAAAUGAAUUUCAUGUUUAGGCAUGGGUCCCAUUCCCAACAUAUCCCAGUAUGUACAUGUGAAUGUUCUAAAAUAAAAAUCUGAAAUCUGAAACACUUUUCGUCUCAAGCAUUUCGGACAAGGGCUGCUGAACCUAUAAUUACAGGCUAACUACAUAAAAUUAAGUUUAACAUACUUUACAACAUUUCAUCAGUUAAAAUACUAUUUCAGCUUACUGGUAACGAUCAAGCUAAUUAAUCUAUCACUUCACGUUGGCAUUCAUGAGCAUAAAGAAUAUGGGAUAUGGUGCUUUUUCACAUUGUCUACUUUUCCAUCAUGUGUCUAGAUGAGACCAAGGUUUUGCUCCCCAGUUAAUAAAACUGAGCUGUCAAAGUAUGAUUAAGAUGAUUCCCAGUGAAUGAUGAAAAUGUUCUAUAUCUUGAAAAAAGUGUGAAUUACACACAUGGAUUCAUUUGUUAAAGUGGUGCAGUUAAGAUUGGUGCAUUUCAAUUUCUGUAAACAUUGCCUUAAGGAAAGAACUAUGCAAAAGUAAUCAUUGAGUGGGAAGCAGAGAAUGGAGAGAAAGGUAUAGACAGGACAAGAAGACAGAAUGUGAAGCUGAUUGUGUACAGAGGCUUACUCUGUUUACUUUUAUAUGUUGGAAUUUUUCCAUAAUAAAAAUUUUAAGUUAAUGAUUCCUUAUGAGAACAUGUUUAUGAAUGCAAAGUUAAUUCAACUCUACUCUAGCAAAUCAAAUCAAAGCAAAAGAGGGCAAGGCAGAGACGCAUUCUCCUGAAACAAUCUAAUGUAAUCCAUUUUCUAUAAAAAGGCACUUUCUUGAUAGACCCAACUGAUAUUUUUGGGGGUACUUUGAAAUGCUAUCUUCUUUCUAUAAACUAUCAAUGUUAUCAAAGACAUUUCAAGGAUCUAAAUGAAAUUUGACAAAUAUUGUACUUUUGAUAAAUUUUCUUUGAAGUAAAAAAUAAUUCAACAACCUAUAUUUGAGGAUGCCUGGUUGUGCUUCAGGAAAAGAGAGUGAAUAAAAACUUUGCGGAUGCCACUAAGCUGGAAUCAGAACCCAGAAUGCCCACUCAAAAAAAGAAGCAUUUAAGAUUGAGCAGGAAAUAAUGGCCUUGUUUCAACAAAGAAACCACGCCCAUCCAAGAUGUUUAUGAUUGUUGGUUUUACUUUAUAAGUUCAUUUUGUUAUUCACAUCCUCAAAGAACAGUGUGUUCUCAGUAACAUCUAUCAAGUGAACUUUGGCAGAUGGUCACACUGAUAAUCUUUUGUUUUUUUGGCUACAUGGAGGUAAUUUUGAACUACAAGACCACCUCAGCUAUUCACAGUUUAGAUUUUAUUUAGCCUUACUUAUUUUACCUAGAGUUUAUGUGUUUGAAAAUAUCCUGAUUUUUAAUCUUCUAUCACCUUGGCUCUUACCUGAAGUGAACUUUGCUUGAGCUCAACUGAUUUCAUCUCUCAAUAAAUACUAAAUCAAUCUGAAAUGAAUUGAAUUGUUUGGCAUAUUUUGACCUUCUAUAUGCAUUAAUCUAUUUCAUACAUUUUCAGUUUGUUUAGAGAUACAUUUUUCAACAUAUCUGAGCAGAAACUAGUGAGAUGAGAAUGGAUAUAGCCAUAAUAUUCCAUCAUUGAAUUCCACAGCAUUCACUCAAAUGUAAUUCACCUUUUUUACAGUACCUUAAUUUGGCCUAUAUUUAUAGGACAUGCUGUUUUUUGUGCUGUGAGAAGAUGGUGAAAGUGAUUCUUGAAUGUUCAUUUUCUGCAUUGUGUCAUGUUGGUACAACAGGGUAAUAUAUUUGGACCUUGAUUAAAUAAUGUAAGAGGGGAAUUUGAUUUUUAAAAAUUCAGAAAAAAAUGCACAAACCUCUUAAAACAAUGUCUAAUUCUAUUCAUCCAAAAAUAGAGUAGAAUCCUAAAAUGCUUAUCAAAUACUUGAUUGCCUCUAGUCCCUCUUUUAAAUACUUUUUUGCUUAGAUACAUCUAUCAUAUGUACUUCUUGGCUUAAAACAAAAACAUACACAAAAAAACCAACGCUCCCAAGCAAUUAUUUAUGCAUGUGGUCCACACACUCAGCUUGAGAAACACUGACUCAACUUAAAAAUCUUUGUAAUGCUCAGAUUUCGGAAAUGCUAUUGACCUGAAAAUAUCUCAUGAAGUUAUUAGUUUGGACGCGUGGUGGCGGUACAGGCUAAGAGAGUGGAUGACAGCUCUGCAGAUUCGGUGGACUCCGUUUCACCCAGAAGCCAAGUAAAAAUACAGACCACAUUUACAGCUAAAGCUGAGAUAGACGUGUCCAGGAAGGCAGUCGUCGCUAGACAAGUUAUAAAAACGAAUUUUAAAAUUUCUAGCAAAGAUAUCUCCGAGAGUCGACUGUGGAUGUGGUGAUUGGGAGCUGAAAAGGAUUUUUCUUCUGGAAUCAGACAUAACAAUAGACAUGAAGCAAACUAAAGCACAUAACAAGAAAAGGCAAGUGGCGUUCUUCAUUUUAUUGGUGCUUUGGGGAGAGGGGGGUUCUGAAUCGAUUCAGUAUUCCGUGUGGGAGGAGACAGAAAGUGGCACAUUUGUGGCCAACUUGACAAAGGACCUGGGACUGAGGGUGGGGGAGCUGGCUGCACGAGGCGCCUGGGUUGUUUUCAAAGGGAACAGACAACUUUUGCAGCUGGAUCCACAGACCCAUGAUUUACUGCUAAAUGAAAAAUUGGACCGGGAGGAGCUGUGUGGCCCCACUGAGCCGUGUGUGCUACCUUUCCAAGUGUUACUGGAAAACCCCUUGCAGUUUUUUCAGGCUUCCUUGCGAGUCAGAGAUAUAAAUGACCACGCCCCGGAAUUCUCUGCCGGAAAAAUGCUCCUGAAAAUAUCAGAAAUUACUACGCCAGGAAAGAUAUUUCCUUUAAAAAUGGCACAUGAUUUAGACACUGGCAGCAACGGCCUUCAGAGCUACACAAUCAGCUCCAACCCUCACUUCCAUGUUCUCACCCGGAAUCGCAGCGAAGGCAGGAAGUUCCCGGAGCUGGUGCUGAACAAACCGUUGGACCGCGAGGAGCAGCCCCGACUCAGGCUAACGCUCACCGCGCUGGAUGGCGGGUCUCCGCCUCGGUCAGGGACCUCUGAGAUUCAGAUUCAGGUUUUGGACAUCAAUGACAACGUCCCUGAGUUUGCUCAGGAGCUCUACGAAGCGCAAGUCCCUGAGAACAACCCCCUCGGCUCCCUGGUUAUUACCGUCUCAGCCAGAGAUUUAGAUGCAGGAUCGUUUGGGGAGGUAUCUUACGCCCUGUUUCAAGACGAUGACGUCAACCAACCCUUCGAAAUAAACGCAAUCACAGGAGAAAUUCGGCUGAGAAAGGCUUUGGAUUUUGAGGAAGUUCAGUCAUAUGACGUGGAUAUUGAGGCGACAGAUGGCGGAGGCCUAACAGGAAAAUGCUCUUUAGUCGUCAGGGUCCUGGACGUGAAUGACAACGCCCCGGAAUUGACCAUGUCUUUCCUCAUCAGCCCCGUGCCAGAAAACUUGCCAGAGAUCAUAGUGGCAGUUUUCAGUAUUUCAGACGCAGACUCUGGACAUAACCAACAGGUUAUCUGUUCAAUAGAAAACAAUCUUCCCUUUCUACUAAGACCUUCCGUGGAGAAUUUCUACACCAUAGUAACAGAAGGCGCGCUGGACAGAGAGACCAGAGCCGAGUACAACAUCACCAUCACCGUCACAGACUUGGGGACACCCAGGCUGAAAACCGAGCAAAGCAUAACCGUGCGGGUCUCCGACGUCAAUGACAACGCCCCCGCCUUCACACAAACCUCCUACACCCUGUUUGUUCCCGAGAACAACAGCCCCGCCCUGCACAUCGGCAGCGUCAGCGCCACGAGGAGCAGGGCGGCCUCGGUGGGUGGCUGCUCGGUGCCCGAGGGCCCCUUUCCAGGGCAUCUGGUGGACGUGAGCAGCACCGGGACCCUGUCCCAGAAUUAUCAGUAUGAAGUUUACGUGGCAGAAAGCGCUGAGAGCCAGUUCAAGUUUCUUAAGCCGAUACUUCCCAACUUCCUGGGUGAAGGGACUGGUAGGGACAGUGAGACAAACUCCAACUCCAGGAAUCAUUUUGGGCUCAGUUAGGAAUCUAACAGACAACACGUCAUGACAAAUCAUAGAAUUCACUGAAUGAUCUAUAAGUUCUCUCAUUCACAUAGAGCCAUAUAUUCACACAUUAGUAACGGCUGUCCUAUUUGUAGCUCUUUCUAUCUGCUGGACUAUUUUCCAUUCCCUCUGAUUUUUCUUGUGGUUGUUGUCAGCUAUCUUAAUUAUAGCAUGUUCACACAAUAGCAGAGCAGAGAAAUGGUGUUUCCUAGGGUGCUUGUUAUUUAGUCAGAUUUUGGAACUCACAGGUGUUUUCUGGUUCCCAAUAUUUGAACUUGUUCACUGAUAUGUUAUGACUAAAAGAAUGGUAUUUGAAACUUUCUGAUUGUCAUCAGCAUGACUCCAACUCUAUUGUAAAUGACAACUUUUAGUUUAGAAAAUAAUUUUCAUUUAUGCAAAAAGUUUAGCAAUCUUGUAAAUUGUUGCAUUUCUAUUGUGUUGUUUCAAAAAUACUACUGUUUCCUCAAAUGAAUCAAUAUUUUACCUAGAUGAUAUUUUCUUUCUUGAAUUUUUUCUGUCAAAAUUGAUAUUUAUAGACCAUCAGCUGUUAUUCUAAAGAACUUCUGUUACAUGAAAGAAUAGUAGAAAAAAGGUUGGUUGACUUGUGAUUACUUUUAAAAAAAUAAUAAAUAGCUUUGGUAUGUAAA